AAUUUGGCGGGAAAUCCCAAGCGUCGCCUGAGGGACGGAAACCCUAAAGAUAAAAUAUCGCCUAAAACAGUACCCCGAAAGGCGCUAAAGCUUGCUUCUUCCACUUGCUCGCUCUAACUUCAUUCCCGCCAUUUCUUGUAUCUUCAUCAUCUAUCUUCGUCCUGCAGGAGCAGCCAUGGUUGUGCUUAGGUCUCGCGAAGUACUCCUUGCUGACCCUGCUCCCAAACCCCAAACGAAUCGGGUCUCUUCGGAGCCUGUCACUCCUGUCCAAUUACGCGAACCCUCCAUCCGCCAGUCAUCGCCUUCUCUCACCCCGAACCUCCAAAAUCACCAAUUGACUUCCGAGUCCGCUUCCAUCACCGAGUCCUACCGGAGACGGAGCCUCCGUCUCGCUUAUAAAUCAAUUCCAGUUGAUGGUUGCAUUCAAAAUGGGUCCCCCAAGACGAAGGGUUCCACCAGCAAGCGCUCGAUUGAAGAGAACGAAGGGAUUGAGGAGCAAAAUGCGGCGUAUGUGGCGGAUCAAAUUGCUAAUGAAGGUAGUGUGAAAGAUAAUGGGGCUGGAAUGAGUUUGCCUGGGAUUUUGAACUUGAGGUCUGGGAAACGGGCUACUAAGAGAUUUAGAGGUGAUAAUUCGGGUGUUGAGACAGGAACAGAAUGUGAAGACAAGGGUUUGAAUUUUGAGGAGAAUGGGAGUGCUAAGCGGUCGAGCGGACAAUAUGUCACUGAAGGGAAAGGAAAGGGCAAAUUACGUAAGGAAGAGAAAUCCCAUGUUGGGCAAGUUGGGGAGAAUUUAAUUGACAAUGGGAUUAAACAGAUGGUGGGAGACCUCGAGAGAGGGAAGAGGAGUAAAGUGGAUGUUGCUAAUGAGAAAUUGGAGGAAAAGAAAAACAUUGAUGAGGGUAGUAAUUCAAGGGGAAGGAAGGGAUGUGGAAGAGAAGAAAUAAGGAACAAAGGCGAAGAUGCUGUUGUCACUGAGCAAUUGGGGAAAACCCAAAAUCAGAGCAGCAAUUCAAGGGGAAGGAGGACCUAUAGCAGAGAAGAGAAAGGAAAAGAGAAAUUGAUUGACGAUGCUUCAGUAUCAAAUGGUAAGGAUGCACUGGAAUUGGAAUUGAAAUCUAAGGUUAAGGAGUUUGUUGAUAGUUUAGGGGAUAAAUUGGUGUUGGAAAAUGAAAGGCAGACUAGGAAUUCAAACACAAGGAUAAAUGAAUCAAGAAUGGAGCAAUUUCGGGAUAUAGCCAGGAAAAAUGCUUCUCGAUUUGCUCAUUUUGAUCUUCAAGAGGAAGAGGAACCUUUGUCUCCUCAGGUUGGUGUAGAAAUGACAUCUGUGGAAGAGAAUCAGCAAAUUGAAGACUGGCCAGGUCCUUUCUCUACGGCUAUGAAGAUUAUUAGGGAUAGAACAAAUAAGCAUAACUCACAGCAGUGUCCCUCCACUUUAGAAAAAGCAAAAUCUAUGCCAAUAACAUGGAUUCCUAGAAACAGCCAGGGCUCUAAUCGCUCAAGAGCAUUUGUUGUUCCUUCGCUGCAAGAACUAUGCAUGAAUGUUCUUGUGAAGAAUUACGAGGCAGUCACUUCACUUGAGCAUAUCCCAGAUGCUUUGAGACAUAGACUUUGUCGGUUGCUCUGUGAUUGUCGGAAAAUGAAUUGUCAUUUUUUGGAUCUUCUUGUCCGUGGAUCCCCUACAGAGAUACGCGUUAAGGAUUGUUCAUGGCUGACAGAGGAAGAAUUUGUGAAAUGUUUUGAGGACUGUGACACCAGCAAUUUAACGGUUUUACAACUUGAUCAAUGUGGGCGCUGCAUGCCCGAUUAUGUUUUACCUGCUACAUUAGCUAGGUCAUCAAGAAGCUUGCCUGUGCUAAUUACUUUAUCCCUGGCUGGUGCAUGUCGGCUUUCUGAUGUUGGGCUUAGUUUACUUGUUUCUUCUGCGCCUACAAUAAGAUCUAUAAAUCUUAGUCAGUGCUCCCUCCUUACUUCCACUAGUAUUGACACUUUAGCAGACUCACUGGGAUCAGUUCUGCGGGAAUUAUAUAUUGAUGAUUGCCAAAGCCUGGAUCCUAUGCUUAUUUUGCCGGCACUGAAGAAGUUUGAACAUCUGGAGGUGUUAUCUCUGGCUGGAAAUCCAACUGUUUGCGAUGAUUUUGUGAGGCAAUUUGUUGUUGCAUGUGGUCAUAAUAUGAAGGAGCUUGUUUUGGCGAAUUGUGUGAAAUUGACUGAUUCUUCCAUGAAGAUUAUAGCUGAAACCUGUCCUGGGUUAUGUGCGCUUCACCUUGAUAACUUGAGGAAAUUGACAGAUUCUGGUUUAGGAUAUCUUGCAAAUGGUUGCCGAGGAAUUCAAACUUUAAAACUGUGUCUCAAUGCAUUCAGUGAUGAAGCUAUUGCUGCAUUUGUGGAGACCGCUGGGGAGCUUUUAAAAGAACUUUCACUGAACAAUGUCAAGAAGGUUGGCAACAACACAGCCUUAUCACUUGCCAGACAUUCAAGAAACUUGUUAAGUUUGGAUUUAUCUUGGUGCCGGAACUUAGCAGAUGAGGCAGUGGGUUUGAUUGUGGAUAGCUGUUUAUCAUUGAGGGUGCUUAAACUUUUUGGAUGUAGCCAGAUCACAAAUGUGUUCCUAGAUGGUCAUUCGAAUCCAGAAUUAGAAAUCAUUGGUUUGAAGAUGUCACCGGUAUUGGAACAUAUUUGGGCACCUGAUUCACAAGAAUUUUUGUUGCGAUAUUCCUCGAUGAACUCUUCUAUGUAGCAUGAAGUAGUUAUGAUGUUAAGAGUGGUUCGAUGGUUGAACAAGUUAGAAUGUUUUUCUAUAGCCAAAUGCAUUUACAAGUUAUGCAACUGAGCGCUUGAAGGUCUAUUUUUGUAAACAAAUCUGCAACUAUCAUUUAUGGACUUGUGCACAUGAGUUGACAUCCA